ACAGCAUCUGGCCUCUGCCCUGUGACUUCCUGAUUCUCUUCUUCUUAUAAAUACAAGGGCAGAGCUGGGGUCCCAGGCAGUCCGGGAGCAGAGAGCCCAGGAGUCCUCGGGCCAGCACUGCCUGCACACCUGGAAGAUGAAGAUCUCCGAAGCUGCCCUCUCCUUCCUCAUCCUGGCUGCUGCCCUCGGAUCCCCGGCCCAUGGAUCCCUGUCCCAUCAACUUCAGGACUCUGGCUCCCAUAGCCUAGGCUUUCACCGUCCUUCUGAGUGCUGCUACUCCUACAUCGCACGAAAAAUCCGAUGCACAUUGAUGCAAAGUUAUGUGUCAACGAGCAGUGGCUGUUCCAGGCCUGGAAUCAUCUUCAUCACCAAGAAUAAUCGGAAAGUCUGUGCCGACCCCACUGAUGCGGGAGUUCAGGAGUGCAUGGUGAACCUGACGCUGGGCUCAGACAAAAAGCCAACAAUUUUGUUGGCAGAGAGAUAUUCUUCAUCUGUCAAAAAAGAAGAGACCACUUUUGAUACUGAGAGACUCCUGGGACAGCUCUUUGUCAGUCCACAGCCAUUCAUCCCAGUCAGAUCCUACCGAAUUCAACUCUGCCCCAGGCCCGCCCCCACCGCCCUCCCUUUCAGCAAACACCGGGGGAGGCCUGUUGUUUCUCCUCCCACCUGCUCUGAAGUGGUCAGAGUCCGGAGUGCUAAAGGGUCAGAGGGAGCGACCAGCAGCAAAGAGGACGUCUCCACUCAGCCCUCCCCUGGCAGGAUGAAGGCUGCCCUCUUCCUCCUCGUGGCCGUCCUGGCCACUACUUUUGCUUUCUGCAGCCAGGCAACUUUCAAUGCGAUUCCCUCAGAAAUUUUAGAGUCGGUGAACCUUUCACACUCCUGCUGCCUGAAGUAUCAUGAGAAAGUAUUACCAAGGAAACUGGUGGUGGGAUACAGAAAGGCCCUCAACUGUUACCUGCCAGCAAUCAUCCUCAUCACCAAAAGGAACCGAGAGAUCUGCACCAAUCCCAACAACAAAUGGGUCCAAGAUUACAUCGAGAAUCUCAACCUGCCUUUGCUACCCCCCAGGAACUUGCCCCAGGUUAAAUCUGUUUGAUCAUAGAAAGGCCUAGCCCAGCUCUCAGCUCCUCAGCUCCUCGUGACAAUCAGGCCUCAGUGGGAGCCCAAGUUCAGGAAAGACAGGUGUGACCCUAUGAAAAACGAGGGCAGCCUUGUGGUCUGAAUGACAGAGCCACAUUCAGAGAAAUGAACCAGUGGUCCAAAAAAUAAAAGUAUUUUGAAUAUUUUCUCACUCUCUGGAGGAAAUGUCAAAGUUAAGGGAGGUGAGCAGACAUACAUUCUUAAUAGCAAUUCUCUUUGCUCUCA